UAAAAUACGGAUAAUAAACGUGUUAUACGGGUUUUAUACAUGUUUAGUACGAGCGUCAUCAAAUGAACGGGGGAAAAUGAAACAGCUUGACAAUAAUACGGAUACGGAAGUUUUAAACGGAUAAAGUACAUAUGGGUACAUAUACGUGUAUUAAACGGAGUAUUUACUAACUAUGAUUUAUAGCAUCACUCUACACCUUUCCACUAAGGUUAUUCUCUACCCGUGCAUGUGCCUUUUGCGUAUAACUAGCUAAUGAGUGCUUUCACUUCAUGCCAUUACCUAAGUAAUGAAGAACAAGAAAGUUAUGAUAACACGUGAUUAAGUGUGGGCCUCUUGAGCCAUAAUUGAUGGUUUAUAGCAUCAAUGAUCUAAUCAACAAUCAAUCAUUGAUACUACUCGAGGUAUACAUGGUUGAUCAUUCCCACUAUACUCGUGUAACAUAAAUGGUGUAUCAAUAGAGGGUAAUUUAUUAACAACAUAGAUGAUAUUAAGCACAAUGCAUAUAGCAGCACACUAUAGAAUAAUAAGCAUAGAUGAUAAAGAGCAUUGAACUAAAUGAGCAUCGAAAUCAUAAACGUAAGCAUUGAAACAUAAAACAUCCAUGCAUACAUUUAGGGCACAAAAAGCAAGUAUCAACACAUACAUAAUACGAAAUCAUAGCAUCAAUACAUACAACAAUAACAAGUCCACAUUCUCAUACAAUUAAAUUCGAACUAGCAACAUAGAAGAAAAGUCGGAUACCACCAUCAAUGAUGAAAGCAUGUCCCUAGCUGCACCAUCUCAUACGAAAGCUAAGCUCUUACUCUGCAGAGUAUGUAAAGGUUUGAAUUUAGUUUGUGCAGGCUACUGAACGAAUGAGCCUAAUCCUUUAUUUAUAAGGAUAACACUCGGGAAAAGCCCUCGUAAAUCGACUAGGACAAAGUUUCUUUGACUCAGGACCGAAGUCGUGGUCUAAAUAUCUGAUUUUGGGCUUGAGCCUCUUGGCGACGACUGCCACACAUUUUCUUCAUGGGUUAGUUUUCUUAGCCCAUGGACAACAUCUAUUGAAGAUUUGAUUGCGUUUUGUCUAGGUUUCCAUGGGCAACGACGGCCAGUGUUGGGCCGCUGUUGUUUUCUGCUUGGGCUGUAUCUUUCUCCGUUGGGCUUCUCUUAGGCUCUACUUGUGGUUACUAGUAGGCUUCUCUGUCAUUGAACCUUGUCUUUAUUGUGAAAACUCCAUUUACUUGUCUUUAUAACUCCUUUGGCCCUCCAUUGUUGCCCAAUGCUGGAUGACUGGAUCUAAUGAAUCGUUUGGAAGUUGUGAUUUUUCAAAUUGAUGUAUUGAGUCAAUUAGUGUAUUAUUAUUUGAUGUAUUGAUUCAAUUGAUGUAUUAGGCAAAUAUCUUGUUUGGAGGUUUAGAUUUUGUUUUUGUUAUAAAUCCACAUAAGUUAACUUCGAGUGAUUGAGAAAAAUCUCAAAAAAAAGUAGAGAUUGAUAAUCCCUCAAUUUUGAGUUAUUGUGGUACAGGUACUAAUUCGAUAAAAAUAACAUAAUAUAAGGGCCACAAAAGCUAUUAUUAACCCAAAGAACGAACUGGGGAACUCUGGAAGGGAUAGGGAUUAGGGAAUUGCGGUUGUCAGUUCCAGACCAAUCAAAACUGAUACGGAAACACUACUACCAAUUCGAAUUUCUUCAUUCCUGAAAAUGAAAGGAGAAAAUCAUUACCGAUAAUGAGGAGUUUACUCUGCAGCUGUUCAGCUACACUUGCAUCGCCACCGCCGUCGCCGGAGCCAUCGCCGGGAUUCUCCAACAGAAACCUCCCAAGCGUUCUGCUACUGGCGGAUAAUUUGGCCAAGAAAACCUUGCUCGGAGUCGUGACCGGAGCUCUCUCCUUCAGUCUAGUGCUCUCUUCUCCCGCUUCGGCGACCUUGGAAUCCGCACCUCUACAAGUGCCUUCACCGGCUCCGUUAUCCGAGUACUGCCGCGAAGAAGCUGCAACAUUAGCGGAAGGAGCUGAUCAACGAGCCGUAGUCGAGGCCGGGCGUCGAGUACCGACGAACCAGAGGAUUGUGGAGGAAGCGUGGGAGAUCGUCAAUGGGAGCUUCCUCGAUGUCGGCCGACAUAGCUGGACGCCGGAAAGUUGGCAGCACAAGAAGGAAGAUAUAUUCAGCAGCUCCAUUCAAUCGAGAUCCAGAGCUCACGAGAUAAUCAGAAGGAUGUUGGCUAGCUUGGGGGAUCCCUACACCCGUUUUCUUACCCCUGCCGAGUUCUCGAGGAUGGCGCGGUUUGACAUGACUGGAAUCGGAAUAAACCUCAGGGAAGUGCCAGUUGGGGAGAAUGGAGAGGUGAAGCUGAAAGUAUUGGGAGUCCUGCUGGAUGGCCCUGCUAAUGCUGCUGGAGUGAAACAGGGUGAUGAGAUCUUGGCUGUAAAUGGAGAGGAUGUGCAGGGGAAAUCAGCAUUUGAAGUGUCAUCUUUGUUGCAAGGCCCGAGCGAAACCUUUGUGACGAUUAAGGUGAAGCAUGGGAAUUGUGGACCUGUUCAAUCCCUGGAUGUUCAGAGGCAAGUUGUUGCUAAAACACCUGUCUUUUACCGGUUGGAACAGAUAGACAAUGGCAGGAGCGCUGUUGGCUAUGUGCGCCUGAAAGAAUUCAAUGCACUGGCAAGAAAAGAUUUGGUAAUUGCAAUGAAGCGACUGCAAGACAUGGGUGCUUCCUAUUUCAUUUUGGAUCUUAGAGAUAAUCUUGGUGGAUUAGUGCAGGCAGGGAUUGAAGUUGCCAAGCUUUUCCUAGAUAAAGGCGAAACAGUGAUUUACACAGCUGGGAGGGAUCCUCAGUACCAAACCACCAUUGCUGCUGACACUGUGCCAUUGGUGACCACUCCUGUCAUUGUGUUGGUUAACAGCAAAACCGCAAGUGCCAGCGAGAUUGUUGCCUCUGCACUCCAUGAUAAUUGUAAAGCGGUUCUUGUGGGAGAAAGAACUUUUGGCAAGGGUUUAAUUCAGUCUGUUUUUGAACUGGAUGAUGGAUCUGGUGUGGCUGUCACUGUGGGGAAGUACGUUACACCAAAUCACUUGGACAUAAAUGGUGACGGAAUCGAUCCGGAUUAUCGAAAUUUUCCAGCGUGGAGUGAUGUUAACCAACACCUAUCACAGUGCAAAACUCGGCGACAGGGAUAAAUACUUCGUCUGUAGAUCCUUCACUACUGUCAGAAAGACCAGCAGAACGGAAAGUGCAGUACAACGGCUGGCAUGGAGAAAUGUUGGGGCCGCUCUUUCAAAGGGAAACUCAGGUGGCAAUGUAAACGUACACUGGUGAAUCUGGACUCUGGAAAUCAUACGAAUAUUGGACGGAGCUGAGAUUGUUCAGGAAGAAUCGCACGGCCUGGUGAUCACACAUCAUCGACAAGUAUUAUUGGCUCACGAAGUUAAGGCCGAAGGUUGGAGAUAUGCAAAUACAGAAUAUUUGUUAAAUGAUUAUAUAGCCAUUUCUUGCUGGCACAGAUAUUUGGUAGGCUUUUACAACUAUCUGUUUCUUUGCUCUUCUGCAUAAUGAGCGGGUUUUGAACCAACCCGGGGGGCCUUUCGGUGUAAUGCUACAUUCCCAAGGGGCGCCCUUGUGAUAUUAAACCAAGUUCAUAAACCGGAGGAGAUGAUCAUUCACCGGUUGAAGAUAAACUGCUAAUCGAAUCUGAUUGAAGAGUGCUUCUUGCAGACUUUACUGCAGAUUGUCUCAGGGAUGAGGUCCAGUAAAGCUUCAGAACUAUCAAGGAUGAGCAAGAGAGUGGCAGGUCCAACUCCCGUAAACAAGUCCAACAAUCCAAUCUGAUGACUAUAGUAGAAGAUAGCAACUGCGAGAGCCUUCACUUUUGCAAAACUCUUCGAUGAACGAACAAGAUUAUCCGCCCUGCUGUUCAAUAUUCGUUCAUUGCAGACUACUGAUAAGGGUUUGGGCUAAUACAGGCGUUGUGUUUGUUCAUUCUGGGCUCAGGAUACAUGUAGGUCGUGCAAACAGACAUCUGCAGAGUGAUGUCGCCCGCUUGUCAAGGGCAGAGUCUCUAGCCCAAUCGAAAUGCGUAAAAUAAGCUUCAACCUAGAUGCCUGACAACCUUCUCUGAUCUGCCCAGGUUCCAUUGCUUAUCAGCAUUCAUAAACUAGUCAAAUGCAAAAUGUUGACGUUCUUGGAGAUGGAUUCCAGGGGUCCUCCGGCAGAGAAGCAUUCCUGACCACUGCCCGAGUUCUUUCUUGCUCCAACUCGGAGACCUCCAGCUUCGCAUAAAUUCGCCCAAAUCCACACAACCAUUUGACUCCUUCUGGAAGCCGGAAGAAAGUCUGAAGUAGUAAAGAGUAAAGACCCUUCAAGAGCUGAACCCAGAACCGAUCAUCCUCAUGAAGAAUCCUCCAUCCUUGCUUUCUUUACCCUACUUGCAACUGUAUUAUUGGGAGUUUUCAACUGCAAGUGUGAAGUUAAAUAGGUUGUUACCAGAUAAAAAAGGAAUCAAAUAGUUCUUUGCUGCGCAAUGUAAUGAGAAUGAAGAAAACUCACACCAGCUCAGAAAAGGUCCAGAACAAGUGGCAUAGAGGUCACGUAACAGAUUUCCAGCAGCAGGAGAAUUGGAAUAAAAAUAAAACACGUACGGCUACGACGACACAUAUUCGUAUCUUAAAGAACAAAGCAGGCAGCAAAACUGCAAGAGCAAGCUAAGCUUGUUUCCUUAGUAUAAAAUAAUAUAUUAAUUAGCUUAAUAAUAAUAAUUCCAUUUAAAGUACUAUCCUAAGCUGCAAUUUUCUUUUCCUGCACAUAUUCUUCUUCCACUAAAGGUAUUCCUCUCAAUUUCUCAUGUCUGGCCAGGUAGCCAUGUGCACUUUUGUAUUCCUAACAUACAUAGAUUUUACGAACCCAAGUGAGAUCGUCUUUUUUAACCUUUUUAGCUACAGAUCCUGAGGCGUAUCCAACAUAAGUAAAUCUAACUACAACCC